AUGUCCAAAAGAAUUAAUCCUUUUAAUCUUUAUGGACUCUUGAAAAAGCCAAAACUUACUGAUUCUAAUAUUCAACAAAAUAACAACAACAAUAACAACAACAAUAACAACAACAAUAACAACAACAAUGAAGUUUUAAACAAAAAAGUAACUUUUCCAGAAAACCCAGUUGUAGCUAAUGUUGUACAACCAGUAAUACCCGAUUCAAAUAAUACUGAUCACAUUAAUACUAAUUUUACAGCUAGCAGUACCAUUUCACCAAGACAUAAUAAGUCAAUUUUAAAAUCACCAAAACCAAAUAAACCUAUUUUGAAAUCACCUAGUCCUAUUAAAAAAAAUAGAAUUACAAACGAUAUAAUACAAAUAACAGUAGAUCUUAAUGAUUCUACGGAUCCCUUUUCACCAGGAUAUUGGCAACCAGGUGUUGUUCAUGUCUUACAAAAUAUCUCAAGCAUCGAAGAAUUUAUGGCUAUUUUAUCUAGCGGCAUUGAUGAAUUAAAAUCUAAAUUGAUAAAAAUAAAUGAUAAACAAGAAAUACAAAUUUCGCCAUUGCUAUAUGAAGUUUAUGCAACAUUCAAUGCCAUUCUUCCGAAUCAUAACGCCAUCUCUGAAAGAAACAAUAAUAUAAAGUAUCAAGAAAAAAUGAAUUUUGCUACCAAAUUGUUCAUGCAAAAAAUUGAAAUUUUUUUUAAUCAUUUCCAACAAGCCUCUUCUUUAAUAUCUGAUGAGAGGCAUACCGACCAAACAAGUUCUCCUCUCAAAAAGUUCAAACAAAAUCCCUUUUUGGUCAGAGUCUAUUGCCAGAUUGGUAAAUUUUUCAGUUGGAUUUAUUCGUGUGAUGGAGUUUCAAGCUUUUUGCUUGCAGAUUCAGAAACUUUGAACAUUAGUAAAAAAAUAUACAAAGACUUCAUACUCCCACUGAAGCCAUUUGAACAUGUGGGAAAUAGCAAAUCUAUACUGCAUACACAACUUUCCUUUUUUAUCGAUGAAAAAAUGGGGAAAUAUUUUUUGAAUGAUGAUAAUUCUAUUAAAGAAAUUUUAACUAACAUAACACAAUUCCCAGAUUUAGAUAGCUCCAAUGUAAUUGCCGAAAAACUCUCCGUAAUUCAUUCAUUUCUCAUAAAAUAUCCUCUUCAUAUGUCUAAGUUGUCUAAAAUUUGGUUAUUUAAUGAGGUAUUGUCCAGAUAUAUCUUUGCAAAAACUGGUAAUAUCCAAAAUGAGCAUAUUAUGACCAUUAUAGUUAAAAUUUUAUUAAAUACAGUGAAAAAAAUCUUGUAUAAAGAUCAUACAAGAAUUGAAAUUCAAGAAUAUUUAUUUAAAGCAAAUGUGAAUUUGCUACUAAAAAAAGAGUGGCUUCCCUUAUACCAAAUAAAUGGUCAAGAUAAUAAUAAUGGAAUUUUAGGUUUUAUGAAGAGUGACCCAAAUAAGUCAUUUAUGAGCUUGCUCAAUUAUCAUCUUCUACAUUCCGUAGAACUGGGAACAAACUAUAAAAUAAUCAUAGAUAUGUGGCUAACUAUUACACUUUUAGCUUUUUUCCGUUUCAAUUCUACUCGCGAUGCUAUUGUUAUAUUACAUGAUACUUCUUGGAUAAAAGUCAGUGAUUCAUAUUACAAUAUGAAUAACACGGAAGCCUGUCAAUAUGCCAUUAGAAAUUGGAGAGUAAUAAUUUUUUUGGUAACCACUGGUUUUAGAUCAGAUGAAGGAUUUUUGCCACUUAAAGAUAUGGUCAUAGAUUUAUUAUUUUACCCAUAUUACCAGUGUAAAAGUAAGAAGAACAACUUUGCAAAGGACUACUUUUUUAUUUUCAACAAAAUUUUGUAUUUUAUCGCUUAUGAAAGGAAAAAUAAUGAGAUGGCAAAACUUAUAUUCGAAAAAUUAUCACAAAUUUUCAUUGAUAUGGUUUCUUUUGUGUUUCCAAACAGUAAUUCUGUUCUUAUUAAACAAAUGUCAAAAAUUUUUAACGUUUUUUUUGGAAAAAUCAAUGACAACCACGUUGAAGCAAAUCGUUUUAAUAGCUUUAAGAUUGUUGGAAAUACACCUAUACUAUGUGAUGAUUUUAUACCUUUGUCAGAAAAAUUUAUCCAAGAUAAUUGGAAUACCAUUUAUUCCUUUUUAUACACCUUUGUCUCAAAUACUUCGGCAAAAAAGGAAGAUAUACGGUAUUCGACAGAUUUAUUAUUGAAAUUCUUGCUAAGAACACCUGCUUCCCUUAGGAAUUUCGAUAUUUGUAGAAAGAUUUGUACCCUUUUUAACAUGUUGAUCGCUGAUGCUAUAUCGAAAAAAGAUAAAAAAGAAAUGGAAAAUAUAGUUUUAGUUGCUCUUAGAAAUAUUCCUGUAAUCUUUAAUGACCAAAUUUUUUCCUCAGAAACACCUGAUUUAUCAAUGUUCACAUGCAUAUUUGGUGAAUUAAUCAGUAAAGAAGUUCCUAAUGACGAUAUUAUACAAUUUUUGAUUCAAGCAAAAGAUAUUACCAGGCUAGGUAUUUCAGAGUUUGCCUUAUUAGAAAGUCUUUUAACUUUGGGUAAUCAAAGAAUAUCUUUAUAUGUUAGAGCUUAUAUGGCAUCCAAAAUUUUUUCUUCCUCUCUCACUAUAGAAGAUUACAAAUUAAUUCUGAAAAUAAUCAAUAAAGUACCAAGUAAUGAAGUGCUAAGAAAUUUUAUACAUCUGUAUAACAGGUUGCAAAUAAACCUAAAUUUGGGCGAAUAUUUUGAAUUUGACAAGUGGCCCUAUAAAGUUGUUAGUAAAUUUAUCACUUUAGCCUACAAGGAAUACGAUAAAAAAAAUGAACGACUAUUUAUGAAUUUACUAGAUAUAGCCGUUGAUAAUCAAAUAGUUUUCAUUUUUACUACAGGCGAAUUAAUAAAAAAUAAUAGACAUCAAGGCGUUGAGAAAUUAGUUGAUGUUUUUUUGACCAAAAAGGAUAAAACCUCUGACAAAAUUUUAAUCAAAGAAAAUAUUCAAUUUGUUUUUUCUUUUUUUGAUACAUUUACCAAAGAUUUUCAACUGGAAUUGCUAAUACUUUACACUAUUCAUGACUUGAACUUUUCCAUUUUGAAAACUUUCCGUUCUCAAAUUUUUGAAUUAAUAUAUUCCAAGAAACAAGAUAUUCAAAAGCCUGAGUUCUCAUUAUUCAGAAUGUUUUUGAAUAAAUAUUUGACCUUUUUAUAUACAGAACCUGAUCCUCAAUUGUUAAAUGGUUAUGUUCAUAUACUAUCAGAAUGUUCUUUAAGUGGUCUUGCCUGGAAUGUCAUUUCCGAAAUUGACACAGAUAUAUUGUUCCCAAAAACCGUAGCCUCAUUAUAUGUCUUCAAUAUUCCGGCUCGCCACAAAUUGAGCGGUAAAGUUGCUGAAAUUUUUUUAAAUGGUGAUUUCCACUAUUGCAAGGAGUUUCUUUUAGAAUUUUUGUAUUUGAAAUUCUAUGAUGUCUUUCUUUUAGAGCUGGAUCAUUUUUUGGAGUUUAUUAUCGUUCGUGGGAAAGAUUUUACUAGAAAACAAAAAAUAUUUAAUAUUAAACUUUUCCAUGAAGCCUGUUGUUACUAUGUUCGUCAAGAAAAUUCCGUACUACAAAAUGUCUUUGCCAAAAUUGCUGCUUUAGGAUAUACAGAGUAUUAUUUUGAUGAAAUCAUGGGGUGUUUGAUUUUACAUCCAGAUUUUUCGUUGGCUACGGUUUUUUCGCUGAUCUCGGUGGUUAAAAAACAUAGAAACUUAAAUAUUGGAAAGCUAUUGGUACCUAACAUGGAGUUUGGGAAAUCAAAUUUCAAUUUACUUGUUGAACAUUUUGAGAACUAUGAUGAUUCGCAUUAUAUAGAUAGUUUUACUGCUGAGCAAGGUAUUUUGGUUCCAAUUGCACACUCCGUACCAACAAGUAACAAAUAUAAUCUCCCAUCAAAUAAAUACUCCAAAAAAGGGUUGAACAAAUAUUUUCCUAAACUUUUUAACGCGACAAUGGAGUCAUCAUCAACUAAUGAAAAUGGUAUAAUACUGGAAGACGACAACAAAAACAUUGUUCAAAAUUCAAAAAACGUUGUUACUAAUAUGUUGGCCGUUUCAAAUAACAAUGCUGUUAUUGGUGGGCAAAUAAUUUCCAAGAAUCUGGAUAUUGAACAUAGUCACGACACAAUUUCUGGCACUGAUACUGGUACUUUUAAUAGUAAUGGGUAUAUCAACGGGAGUGUAGAUGACGAAGGGUCUUAUGCAGAUGCCUUAAAUAUUAAUACUCAGGAUACCUCUACCGAAUUGCCUAACGAUUUGAGAACAUCAGCUCCUAUGACAAGUGAUACCCAGACUAAAGAAGAAAUUAUAGAUUGUGCUUUUAACGCAAAAGAGGGGUUUUCUGUAGUUAAUGAUUUAGUAUCAGAAAAUUCACGCACGUCAUCUGUUAAUUCUACAACAACUACUUCACACUUAAAAAAGGACAUGACUCCUAUUCAAACUGAAGAUAUAGUGCGGGACGAUGUUUCAUUCCACGAAGAUGAUCUUGGGAAAAAUCAUACACCUCUUUCAAAUGAUACAACUAUUAGAAAGAACAUAAUUGAAGAAAAUUUAUUAUUGUCUAAAGCUACUGUUCCUAAUGAUAACGAAUUAUAUAAUGGGCCCCCUUUGGAUAAAAAAACACAGAAAAUUUUAUCUACAGGUAAUGGCACCGAUUUGAAAAUUGAGACUUUGGAAACAAAUAUGGAAGAUGAUAAAGAUGAUACCAUCACUAAUGCAACCAAUAAUCAAAAUAAUGAGAAACGGAAACAACAAAAAUUGGAUGCAUUUUUUAAGGAAGAAGAGGUCGGCAAGGGGAAACGGCAUGAAGAACAUUAUUCCCGUUUCACUGAAAUUAAAGCUCCUGAAUCUUUAGAUGAAUCCGAAAUGAAUAUUACGAUUGAAAAAUUAAAUGAGAAAAAUAUUAUUUCUGUUGAUAAAGCAAGUUUCAAUGAAGAGGUUGAAAUACCAUGUUUAAAUAAAAAAGAUCAACAGGAUCAAAAAGAUCAACAGGAUCAAAAAAAUCAACAGGAUCAAAAAGAUCAACAGGGGCAAAAAGAUGACAAAGAGGUUAUUGAAGCUUUUGAAAAUACUGAAUUGUCACAUACUACAAAAAUUAAUGAAAAUUUAAUUGAACCAUCCAAAGAAAUUGCAAAUGACAGUACCCUAGCUACUAUUGAUAUUCUCACUGAUAGUUGUAGUUUACCCAUUUGUAAAGAUAAUAAUUUGGAGUCUAAUGAAAAUAGACCAUCUUCCGAUGCUUUUGUAAUACCAGCUAAAAGAAAGUCGGUUGAGAAUCCUAUUGAAGCUUACGUACAGCAGUUCAGAAAGGAUUUUCCAAAUAAAAAAAUUAGAAAUAUCAUUAGAAGAGUACGUAAUAUUGAUAGAUCGGAGCUACAUUCCUUGAAAGAAAUCGAGAAGAAAAUGGUUCGAAGGGAAUUAUUAGGCUUUUUGAAUGCCAUGGAUGAUGAUGAUAAUUAA